AUGUGCACAAUACAAGGCGCUAAUAUAGUAAGCCCAAAAAUAAGAAUACCAAUAUACGUACAAAGUUCAUUAAUAAUUUUAAAAGUAUUUGCAGAACAAAGUGAAAUUAUAAAAUCUGCGUUAUUCGGAUCGGCAACAUUGUUGACCUUAAUAAUAUCGACAAUAAUCCAAUAUCAUACCAAUAACCUACAUUAUUUAUUUCAAUUAGAAGUAACUUAUUUAGUGGUACUAUUAUUAAUUGUAACAUGUUACGCUUUUAUAAACCCAGCUACAUUACCUAAAAAUAAGACUUCUUCAGUACUAGGACUGAUAGUCUCGUUAGUUUCCUUGCUGACAAUAUGCUAUUGUAUAUGGUUAUGGGCAACUAUUAGAUGGAAGUUACCUGGACAAGAGUGUGGUGAUAAAGUGAUGUUUUUUUGGCUAAAAAGAUCACUCAAUCCAACUGGAUGGGUGCGAGACUUCAUGUUAGCAGUCUUAGCAAUACCCACCUUAGUGCUGGUAAUAGUAUCAGCUGAAAUAUUAUUACAAAGAAAUCCAAUAUCAGAAAUACAGGGGAACUGGAAUGUUGAAGGAAUAAUUAUUCUAAUAAUGGCUGGAGGAGAUGCAAUAUCUACAAUAUUUUUAUUAUUAAAAACGUAUAUAUAG